AGCUCCCCCGAAUACUCGGAAUCCAACCGACGUCAACAUUUCUCUAACAGAUGCUGCCAAUAGUCCUAUACUCAAGCUAUAUAAGGAUAUUCCAGACGCUUCAUUGAAAGAGGAUUUCAUGACUGUGCUGGCUCUUACGAUUCGCGAGGCAUCGAACAUACCCGCCUGUAAGGAGUACGCAGAUGAGGCUGAUCGGGAGUUCUUUGUGUUGCAUACCACUGGGAAGAGUGUUCUCUCGCGUUGGCUUGACAAACAGAUUCAGAAGCAUAAUUCACGAGCAUUGAAAGACUACAAGAAGUAUCUCGCGAUGGGUCCUGCGGAAGUAGAUGCCGCUAUUCAGGCUUUCACCUCAAUACUACCUCUUGGAAGCAGCCAAUUCACUCUACCAUUUGGUGCUGAUAUCGAUCGGGCCAUCACCAAUUUUCACUUUGCUAAUAUAAACUCUUCGAAGUCGGCUCGUCUCCCACGGUGA